AUGGACAGCGCAGCUCAAUCACACGACCUCGAAGCGUGCGCGGCGUUGCAGCGGGAGGAGCUGGACGUCCUGGAGUCCAUCUACCCAGAGUGCCUAUCCAUCGACACAUCUAGGGGGCUGAUUAGGCUAGAGGUACCUGUGGAACUGCCCGACGCGACGGUCGUCUCAAUACACGCCGACCUUCUGACGUCGAACGGCUCAUCUAGUAGCGCACCCGCCGGGCCAAGUCCAAGUCCCGCGCAUGCAAGCACGCUCACGCUCUCCACACUCCCGCCCAUACUCCUCGACGUAUGCAUCCCCGCAAGCUAUCCAUUUGCCCCGCCGAUCAUCCGCUCGGUCCAUGCCACACAUUCAUGGCUACCGCCGGCCCGCUUCGACCUGCAUGAUCGGCUCGCGGGCAUGUGGGAGGCUGGCGAGGGCGUGCUCUACAGUUGGGUAGAAUGGAUCCGGAGCGGCGAGUUCCUCGACACAUUGGACCUCAUCGUCACUCUGGACGGUAAGCGAACUAUCCGUAUUCCGCACCCGACGCCACAACUACUACUCCCACUACUCGAGACGUUCGACUCUUCAACACAGGCGGCCCGCUUCUCCGCGAACUCAUACGAAUGCCAAGUGUGCCUGACGUCGAUCAAGGGCGCACGGUGUGUCAUGUUAUCAUGCACACAUGUCUUUUGUCGUUCUUGCCUCGAGGACUUCUGGGGACUAUGUAUAAGGGAGGGAGACGUUGCACGCGUAGGAUGUCCCGACCCCGCCUGCGUAAAAGCGCAGCGGGAGGCGACCGAAGAGGAGGUGCGUCGUGUGGUGACCGAAGAAGAAGUAUUGCGAUGGAAAUGGCUACGUACGAAGCGGGCGCUCGAGAAAGAUCCUACCCUUGUGCAUUGCCCGAUGCCAUUGUGCCAGACGGCUGUGCCGCGGCUGACGGAUGUGGAGGAAGGCUCCCCGUGGGAGCGCCUGCGAACCUGUGAGGGGUGCGGUUAUUCGUUCUGCUCGUAUUGCAAACGGACAUGGCACGGGCCGGUAUCGCAGUGCCCGAUUUCCGCCAUGAAGGGCUUGCUCAUGGAGUAUCUGGCGCAUCCUGAGGACGGUUUGGAGCGCAAGAAGAUGGAAGGACGGUUCGGACGCGCCAUGCUCCAGAAGCUUGUGGCCGAGUUCCAGGAGGAGCGCGCAUUCCAGGAGUGGUUGGAGCGGUGGACAGGAACGGCGUGCCCUGGAUGCGACUUGCGCGUGGAGAAAGCAUCCGGAUGUAAUCAUAUGACAUGCGUAAAGUGCGGGUCGCACUACUGCUAUAGAUGCGGGGCCCGGCUGGAUCCAAAACAACCCUACAAGCAUUUCUCGACGCCCGGGCUGCGGUGCUUUUCGAAACUAUUCGAUGUGGAGAGCAUCGACGACGAGUGGCAGCCUGUAGAGGGGUUCGAGGUCAUAUAAGUAUGACGCCUGUACAUCAUGCGCUCGCGGGCCUGGAAUAGGAGAUUGGUCAUGGACA